AGGUAUUUCUGUGGUAUUAUGUAACUGAAUGUGCAGAAAAUCGAAAGCAUAUACCUAUCCAAUUCAACUUUUCCAUUUCUAUGAAGCCUGUAGGUUUUAUUUCUGUUUUUUUAUAUUGCCUGAAAGAAUACCUGAAUGUCUGUCUUCAAUAGCUGUAAGGUGCUGUCCUACAUGCCUACUGAUAAGAUCUCUCCUCUCUCUCUUUCCGGGCGUGUGGUGGGAGGCCGGCGACCGCCCUCUCUGGAUAUAUAAUCUAAAAAAUGGCGUCUGGAGUGUCUGUGUCCGACGCAUGCAAGACGGUGUUUGACGAGGUGAAGAAGGCCAAGAAGCACCGCUAUGUGGUGUUUGUCAUCAAGGACGACGUCAUGAUCGACGUGGAGGCGAUUGGCGACCGGGACGCCACCUACGAGGACUUUGUCACCGACAUCCAGAAGGCCGGCAAGGGCAUGUGCCGCUACGGCCUGUUCGACUACGAGUACCUGCACGCCGUACAGGGCGCCGCAGAGCCCACGAAGAAGCAGAAGCUCUUCCUGAUGCUGUGGUGUCCCGACGAGGCCAAGAUCAAGGCAAAGAUGCUGUACUCCUCCAGCUUCGACGCGCUGAAGAAGGCGCUGACGGGCGUGGCCAAAUAUGUUGAGGCGACCGACUCGUCGGAGAUCUCCAAAGAAGAGGUCGAGAACAAACUCAGGCAGAACGACCGGAUGUAGGCGAGUGCCGGGGGACAGGGCUGCCGGGGCCGGCGCCGGUGCUCGCGCCGGGCCCCACCACACACACACAGACACACCAACACGCGCGCACACCAUACGCCAACGCAACAGACUGCUAGUCCCAUCUGUGAGAGAAGCCGCCGGCGAGCGCCGAGAGCGCGCAGUGAUCAGUGAUGCGCCGAACGCGAGCGGCGGCCGCGCGGCGCACCGGCCAGGGGUGAUUGGGGGACGGGGGAGGCCGCGCGAGCCGGGCUUCCGUCGAGACUGUGACCGCCCGUCGGCCGGAGAGAGCCGCAGACAGUUUGUAUCGUGAGAAAUCUGUUAUCGAAACUAUCUUUCAGCGUGUGCUGCCGCGGCGGUUUUUCUAUUUAUGAUUGUAGGCUGUAAACGUUAAGAAUAAAUUUUCUUUCUACG